AUGUGCCUUGUGGCGGGACCGGCCGGUACUAGGGUCAAGUUCAAAAUCACUCUGCUCGACGACAAAGGUCGCCGAGUGUCGACGAGGACAGGGAAGAGGAGGAAGAAGAGAAAAGAGACCGCCGACUUGACGAGAACCGAAACCUCCACCUACGACCGUGUCGGUGCCAUGUGGGGCACGAACACGUUCUUCGACAGAUCCGUGCUGGAGGGGCUGUGGGACUCCAACGACAGCUUCACGAUCCGGUGCGCCAUGGCCGUCAUCCGAACGCACACGGAGGACGACGCCAUCAUCGAGGUCCCGGAGUCAGUCCUCCACCACAACCUGGCGCGCAUGCUCAGGGACGGCGACGGCACCGACGUGACGUUCGUCGUCGGCGACCGGUUCUUCCGCGCGCACCGCUACGUCCUGGCCGCCCGCUCCAUGGUGUUCAAGGCGCAGCUCUUCGGCGCCAUGAAGGAGGCCCAAGCCUAG